AUGUCGUCCGAGGCCAAGGCAUCCAACCCCAUGAAGGAGCUUCGCUUGUCGAAGCUCGUUCUCAACAUCUCCGUCGGCGAGUCUGGUGAUCGUCUCACCCGUGCCGCCAAGGUGCUUGAGCAGCUGUCCGGUCAGACCCCCGUCUACUCCAAGGCCCGUUACACCGUCCGUACCUUCGGUAUCCGUCGUAACGAAAAGAUCUCCGUCCACGUCACCGUCCGUGGCGCCAAGGCCGAGGAGAUCCUCGAGCGUGGCCUCAAGGUCAAGGAGUAUGAGCUCCGCAAGCGCAACUUCUCCGAGACCGGUAACUUCGGAUUCGGUAUCUCCGAGCACAUCGAUCUCGGUAUCAAGUACGACCCCGGUAUCGGUAUCUACGGAAUGGACUUCUUCGUCUGCAUGGGCCGCCCCGGUGCCCGUGUUGCCAAGCGUCGCCGCUGCCAGGCUAAGAUCGGUGUCAACCACCGCAUCAACGAGAACGAGACCAUCAAAUGGUUCAAGAACCGCUUCGACGGCAUUGUCCGGUAA